ACGCGUCAUUUUUGGAUAGUGUAGUGAGUGAUCUAGUAUGUACUCUAAUCUAGUGGUAUAUAAAAAUUGAAACAUAUGAUUCAUUUUUUUCUAAUUUUAUAGUAUAGUAGUGUAUUUGUUUGCUGCCACAAAAUACGAAACGUGUGUAACUUUUGUCGUUGCAAAGGUGUAACUUGAAUGAACAAAAAAACCUACACAAAUGUUGCAAUAAUGAACUCAUUAUUUUAUUAUUUGCUUUUUGUACUAUGAUACUUGAUAGUUUUCUAUAACAAUGUCUAAACGAUCUGAGGAAAGGAUUACAGAUGAUUAUCGUUUGUCUGCCAAACGAAAAAAAAUUGAUACUCCUGAUGACGAAACUCUGGAAUAUCACAAAGCACAGAAAAAGAUCCUUGCAAACAAAAAUUCUCACAAUGAUGAUCCUUGGGGUGACGAUUUUGACGAAGAACAAAUCGAGGAAAUGGAUCUAAUUGCUUCUCAAGCUUGUGUACAGGAAGCUAACGUGUCAAAUAAUUUGAAACUAUUUGAACAUGAUCCGAAUUUAAUAAAAUUUGGUUCUUCAGAAAGAGCUGCAACUGCUUAUAAUGAAACUUCUUGUUCCAAAUUAUCAUGGGCUGUACAAAAGCCUAAGUUACGGUUGCUGAAAAAGACUGUACAGACUAUAAGUCAAAAUAGUCAAGAUGUAACCGAGAUUAACUAUUCUCAGUUCAGAAAGAAAUUAAUGCAUAAAGAAGAUCAUAAUUCAACUUUUCAGAAAGACCUCAUUGUACAAGAUGAUAAAGAGUUAGAAAAAUUGAAAACUGACAACAGAAAACUAUUAAAUGACUUUAUAACAAAAGAUGGCGAAACUACAUUUCUACGGCAGCAACUACAACAAGCUCAGUUACGAAUUGAAAAUGAAAAAUUAGAAAAAACACGUUUAAUUGAAGAACAAGCCAAUCAAUAUAGAUCCGAGAUCAACAAAAUUUAUAAACAAAAGGAACAACUAAAGACGCAGUUAGAAUUACAAAACCUAGAAGUAGGAAAUCUUCAGGAACGUUACAAAUUGUUAGAAUCUAGAAAUAUUAAAUUGAAGGAACCACAAAUAUUAUGUAUGAACGCUUCUGUUGAUAAAUGUAAAUAUGCUACCCCAAUAAAUUGGACCACAAACGCGAAUAGAAUUAUAAAAGGGAAAGAAGCAUGUGUACAAACUAAUAUUUACAAGAAAAGUGAUUAUCAACUUAAGACAUAUAAUACUUAUUUUCCUCUUGCAAGAAUUUCAGAGUUGACCUUUGGAACAUCACUACCAGAAAAAUCCAUUGUUAAUAUUAAAGUCAUAGAAAAGACUGGUAAAAGAAAUUUACCUAUUUUACAAGAAGAAGAAACAUUUCGAAUUUUUGAAAACCCAGAAUUAGUGAAACCAGUAGUUACUACAGUAAAUGGAAAAAGAUUGACAACAGAAUUUGUUUUAUUUGAGGUUGCAGUCAUUGAAAGGAGAGUUGAUACCGAGAUAGAAUCAGAAAGAUGUAUACCAAUAAUCAACAAGUUGGUUUUAACUACAAGAGAAUUAGUAUUGAAUAUUAUGACAGUUCUGGAAACAAUUUUUCAAGCUAUGAAAAAUGAUGAUAUUCGGGAUAUGAACGAUUUAUAUUUUUCUGCGGUUUAUAAAGAUCACAAUAUAUGUAUUGAAUCUGAAUGCGAAACAGAUGCAUGGCAUGAAAGAGAACGUGGUAUCGAAGCUAAAAGAUUGCUCGAUAUACUUUCGUACAUUAGUAUUGAAUCAUCAUAUUUAAGUAAUUAUGUAGCAGGAAAGUCACAAUUACUUACAAGCAAUGAUGAAUGUUACAAUCAUUACCUGCAAGAAAUGACACGAUAUAAUACAUGGCCAAAGAAAGGUCAUGAAUUUGAAAUGCUUGAAAUUAUCUUAGAAUGUGUUACUUUAAUAGAACGUGUUAGAAGAUCUCAUCAAUUUACAGGUCUUAUAAAUGCAAUUGUAAAACUACUGUGUAAUGUGCAACAGAAAGUGGGCUACUGUGAUAAAGGAUUAGAAUAUAUCUAUCUCAUAUUCAAAGAACUUGUAUUUUCGAGACCAUUGCCACUUUGUUAUGUUUCAUUAGCAAAUUUUAUAAUGGUCUUCAGUAAAUGUAGCCUGUUUGUAUCAAAACUUUGCACAAAUUCGCAGUUAAUGACGAUAAAAAGAUGGAAAGGAGUAUUACACUUUACCCCAGAUGCUUGUGUCUUACAAAUUUUUAUGGCACAAGUGGAACAUUUUGAUCCAGACUUUCUCACUAUAGUAAACAUGACAUAUGCAUUAAUAUCAUCUGUAUGGCAUAUCCUACAGAAGAAUAAUUUAUUAAGAAAUGAAAGUUCAGGAUCUUGUAACUGCUAUACAAAAUUACUACAAUUUAUAAUUAAUAUGUUAAAAAAAUGUUCUGAAAGCAAAUUAGAUAUAAUUGAUAAUACUGAGACACAAGAGUUAUUUUACUUUUCUAAAAAGUGUUAUAUCUUGAAGAGAAUUAAUUACAAAGAUCAUACACGUCAGAUAAGAUAUAAUAAACAGAAUGUAAAGAAAGAUUUGGCAGAAACAUAUUCAGAAAAGUUAGAUUGUAAUUUUUUGUGUAAUAUUAAAAAGAUUCAUUACAAAGUAUUGAGACAAGGCAUCAGAUUUUUAUGUCAUCUUGCGAUUUGUGAUCCUGAUUUUGUCAUUCGUUUUUCUAAUAUUGAAGAUUCAUUUCAUUUAUUUAUACAAAACAUCGCCUUUUUUGAUGAUUUGAUACUUCAAGAAAAUGAGCGAGAAGCAUUAGAUCGCAUAAAAACCACGUUCAUCAUCGAUAAAGGUAUACAAUACGAAACUGAAACACAUUGUGAAAAUACACAUGUUGGUCAAUUACAUAUGACAAAUUUUAAAAAGAAAGUAAUUCCUACAGCUGAGAGGAAUAACCACACUGGACCUAUCGAAAAUUAUAAUAGAGCAUAUAUGGCUAUUAAAACAUUGUAUAAUUCUAAAUAUAUAUACAGGAACAAUUAAAUAUACUAACUUUUCAAAACUGC